CAGAAAGGGAAGCCGGCGUGUUUCCUCCCCUUCUCUGUGUAAAGGAAGUGCGAAAAUAAGCAUCAGCGGUGGAGGGACCAGGCUUGGACACCUCUUCUUCUUCUUCUUCUUCUUCUUUUUUUUAGCUUUCGUCGCAAAGUCCACCCAGCUCCAGUCCGAAGAAGUCGGAGGAGAUCCACGCCGUCACAAUGAAGUCCAUCAGGGUUUUCAUCCUGCUGCUGCUGCUGGGAUCAGCCACACCAGUUCCAUCAUCUGAUUCAGCCACACAACCUUCAGAGAAGACGACUACUGGUCAGUCAAAUGAAACCACUUCAAAGGCUCCAGUUUUUAAUCACUCAACAAUAAAAAGUCCAGCAACAUCCCCAUCUUUAACAACUGCCAGUGCAUCAACUCUGUUGACAGCUACACCUGCUCCCAGUGGCUCAACCCCUAAACUAACGACUGAUCCUACAUCUUCAACGAAUAUGACGACUGCUCAACCACCCAGCCAGAACACAGCAAAUAACAAUCCAAACAUCACCCAAACUUUGACAACUACAAGUCCUGGAUCCAAAACCCCGUCUAUAACAAACAACACAAACGCGACUGCAGCCACAACAGCAAAUGCGAUGACCCAGAAUACAGAACAGAAAUCCAGUGAAAGGCAAGAAAAGGAAGCAUCUGAGCAGAAAGCUGCUGGUUCAGACAAACGACUGUGGUGGCUUCUUCUGCCUGCUGGCCUGGUUGCAGGUGUAGCCGCUCUUAUCUUGAAAUUCAAAAGUAAGAAGAUCCACGAUCACACAGAAACGAUCGACACUGGAACUGAGAAUGCAUCGUUCCAGAGCAGGCCGGAGAGCAGCAAAGAUGGAGUCAUGCUUCUAGGAGUGAAGUCAUCAGGCGGCGAAGAAAAUGCAGCUGCCAGAUAAGGAGAGGAAAGUCUUCGUAAGUCUACAUCUGCACCUCCAACGUACUGCUGAUCUGAAGCCAACGACUGAUUUUGUUUUUUAAUUUGUGGAAAUACUUUUGCAAAGUAGGGAAAUCUCUGAAAAGUGUAAUUCCACACAUAGAAAGAGCAAGUUGUGCUUUACAACAAGGACUGUGAGGUUCUGUGCAUGUUUUGGUGGAUUUUCCCCAUGAGAAACCAGCAAUAAAAUAAAUUUUGGCUACGUUCACAUUACAGCCCCAAGUGACCCAAUCCCGACUUUUGUGGAAUCGUUUUUCUUUGUUUUGUUUUGUUUUUUGGCGUGGUCGUUCACUUCCAAACAUAUGCGACCUGUAUGUGCUCUCCAGUGUGAACUGUAAACGAAAGUGUCCCGCAUGCGCAGAAGAGGGCGCAAUAACGUCACACAUAGAGAGCGUGCUCAGAGAUUUUCCAACCGCUUUUUUUUUUUUUUUUUUUACCGUUUGCGGAAGUAAACAUGGAUGCUAACGGUGGAGCGUAGCGUUGCGAUUCUGAAGUUGUCCGACCGGAACCAGCAUAUAAACAACUUAAUCCUCAUUAUUGUCCGCCAUGGUUGUUGUUGUUUUUCUUCUCCGCUUGCGCGUAUCAGGACGCAGAAUAGUGACGUUUGUCAGUGACGUUCAGGACCGUUAGGAUUCAGGUCACGUUUGAAAAGGUCGGACAGAUCUCUGGGUCGCAUUCGAUAAAAAUCCGAUCUGUGUUGUUCAGACUGCCAUAAGGAGAUCAUGUACAGGUCGCAUAAAGCGCCCCGCCCCUCUACAAUGGAUGAGUAUAAGUUUAAAAGUGGUUUUGUUUUCUUGUGAAAUGUAAUAUACGCUUAAAAUUGAUAUCCUAAAGGAUUUGUCAAAGAUUUUUUGAAAUACCCCUCCACCCAAAACACAUUAAAUUUUAAGCAUGCACUUUUAUUUUUUUAUAUAUUGUUUUAACCCGGAUUUGUUCAUUUUUAAACGACUGUUAAAAUGCACAUGAACGGCGCCUCCUACAGGUUACGGUGUGUCUGGAUAUGACGCCUGUUAAGGAUGAGGACAAACGGACACGUUUUUAUUUGUUUAAAACAAGCAAAAUUAUAACAGAAUGAAAGCUUGUAUUUCAUCCCAAUGUUUUGUAUUUUAAGACAAACACUAAAUAACCCGUGCUUGCUUUGUGUUGUUUUUGUUUACUGGUUUCUGAUAAGAACAUCCACCAUGAUCUCCACAAAAAGCAACGCUUAAAUUAGGAAUUUAUGGUUUAUAAUCUUUACAUUUAAAAUGACUAUUAUUGCUGUAAAGCUAACUUCUGUCUGCUGUGAAGUUCAGUCCACAAACACAUUUUCUCUGCAGUGCACUUACCUCAGAAUCCUCACCUGUUUAAUGAAAUAAAUCACUUUUUUGUUCAGCCUUUUAUGUUUUUGCUCUUGAUUUAUCUCUUCUGGGAUUUUUUGUUAUUAUUAUUUAGGUGGUUUGUUUCUGUUUUAUUUCGGUGUAAUUGUACUUUCCUCAAUUUUGAUAGAGAAAUGUUGCUGAAUUUUUCUUCGAGAAUCAACAUGAAGUAACACAAUUGUAUUUAACUUUAAAACUACUGGAACUGCUUUGUGCUUUAUGUCAUGAACUAUCGGCCACAGUUUCGUCAAUAAAAGUUUGGAUAAUGA